UCAUUUCAUUUCCAUAAGAAACCUCUCUCUCUCUCUCUCUCUCUCUCUCCCAAUCUCCAUCUUCCCCUUCUCUUUCUUUGCCUUGUUCAUUUCUCUCUGUCUCAUGCGUUUCUCCAAAAACCCAACCUCUUGAUAGCUCUCAUUAUCGUCAUCAUCAUCAUAAUCAUCUGAGGCUGAGGCGUUGUUCCGGUGAGGAAAAUGUCAUCGCCGGGAUUCACGGGUGGGAGAGCACCGGAGUUCUACGGCGGAGUGAGCCGAUCCGUGGCGGCAACCGUCAGGAACGACCCUACCAACGCCAACAACCUUCAACCUUCUUCUCUUCAUCCUCUGUACCGAACCCAGCAACAGCAGCAACACCCAGCAAUUUUUCUAGAUCCUUACACGCAGAUCGCUAGGCAAAAUCCGAGUCUCAUCAGGAAGCGAACCCUCGCAGAAUUUCAAACUCACCAACAGAACCACAACAAUCAGGUUCUUUCAAGCCUCCUCUUGCGCUCCGUGAAGCCCAGGACCUUCCAGAAUAGCUCUCCCAUGUCUCCUAUGUCACCCAUGGAUUUCUCCAUGUCCCCUGAAUUGCCAAACUCUUCGGUUUUCUCGUCGCAGCGCUUUGGGGUGCCUUUGCUUCAGCAAUCUCGCCCACAGACGAUGAAUCUCCCAAACGCAGCCUUAUCCAGAGCAGGGUUUCAAUAUUUGGAUGGUAAUUUGGCCCAGGAAAGUGAGAAGAAGGUCAUGGACCAUCGGCUUCAGGAAUUGGAGAAACAACUUUUGGAAGACAACGACGAGGAAGAAGGCGAUCCGGUAUCUGUGAUCACCAGCAGCGAGUGGUCACUACAGAACCUCAUCAGUCCCGGAGCGCAGAAACCAAUUUCGUCGUCGCCUACUUCGUCCACAACCUCGACGACGUCGUCAUCUUCCUCCGUUCUUUCACCUACUUCCACCUGUUUGAAGCAGUCGUUAAUGGAGGCCGCAUCUGCAAUUGCCGAUGGGAAAUCCGACUCCGCCGCGGAGAUCCUGUCCCGUUUGGCCCAGUUUUCAAACCCGAAUGGCAAUUCGGAUAACCGAUUGACGGAUUGUAUGAUCUCCGCGCUGAAAUCUCGUGUGAACCCACAAGAAAAUCCACCUGCAGCUGUAGAACUCUUCAGCAGCGAACACGCCGAGUCCACUCAGUUGCUCUACGAACAUUCUCCGUGCUUCAAGGUUGGGUUUAUGGCGGCCAAUCUGGCAAUCCUCGAAGCCGCAUUCGAUGACAACACGGAGAACAACGGCAGUAACAAGUUACACGUGGUCGAUUUCGACAUCGGCAGGGGCAAGCAGUACAUAAAUCUCCUCCACGCGCUAUCUGCGCGUCAGAAUGGAAAACUGGUCAUGGUGUAUAUCACGGCGGUCGCAGAGAACGGCAGUGAAGAGAGGUUGAAGGUGGUGGGUGAUAUGCUGAAACAGCAGGCAGAGCAACUCGGAGUCGGGUUCGAGUUCAGGGCGAUAACCCAACAACUCACCGAGUUAACGCGUGAGUCUCUAGGGUGCGAACCCCACGAUCCUCUCGCAGUGAAUUUCGCUUUCAAAUUGUACAGAAUGCCCGACGAAAGCGUUUCCACAGAGAACCCACGAGACGAGCUGCUCCGGCGUGUGAAGGGGUUGGCCCCGCGCGUGGUGACGCUGGUGGAGCAAGAGAUUAAUACCAAUACGGCGCCGUUUACGUCCCGCGUUUCCGAGUCGUGCUCUUAUUACGGCGCGCUAUUUGAUUCGCUCGAGUCAACAAUCUCAAGAGACAACUCGGAGCGAGUGAAGGUGGAACAAGGACUGAGUCGAAAGCUGAACAACUCGAUCGCGUGUGAAGGAAGAGAUCGCGUGGAGAGGUGCGAAGUAUUUGGGAAGUGGAAGGCGCGUAUGAGCAUGGCGGGUUUUCAACUGAAGGGAAUGAAUCAGAGAAUCGCCGAGCAGCUAAAAGUGCGACUCAGCCAGGGCAACCGAGUCAACCCGGGAUUCACGGUGAAAGAAGAGAACGGUGGGAUUUGCUUUGGUUGGAUGGGUCGAACACUCACCGUCGCAUCUGCUUGGCGUUAACUUCACUCACUUUUUUCCCUUUUCUUUAUAUCCAAUUGUUAUUACUAUAUUUUAACGUUAUCUAGCUAUAAUGGAAAGGCAAAAGCAACAUAUAUUUCGAAAUUGAGAGGAAACAAAAACAAUUAUCUUCCACCAAAUAAAAUUAAUAAAUAUAGUGUUUGGAUUCCCAGAAA